AUGGAAAAGCUGUGGCUGACACGAUUUUCGCAUACGAAAUGUAAAUUUUGCGCGAUGGAAUUGAAAACUGCUUCAAGACAACCGAAUGGGGAAGAAAUUGAGGCGAGGAAAAACGAGAGGAAAAUAUUGUUGCUGAUGUAUUUACCGGUGGUUUUUGUAUGGUUAUUGAUUACAAUUCCAGUAUAUUAUGUUCUGAAAUUUGAUGUGUAUUCUAUAAAAUGGUGAGUUUUUUUUGUUUUUGUUCGAAAAUCCACGCAACGCAGACCGCGCCGCGCCACAACACACACAAACGAUUCAAAUUCCCUCCCUUUUUUGUUUGUGUUGUGGCGCGACGCGGUCUGCGUUGCGUGUGAGAUUUUCGAUAAUAUUAGAAUUUUCAGGUACAUCAAAACCCAUCGCUGUCCCUUUGCAAAUUUAGACAAUUUUAUUGGAGCUGUUUUAUGCGCCAUAUUUUUAUUGUUUCGUAAGUUUUUCAAAAAACUUCGAAAAUCCACAUCAAAAAACGAUUUUCAGUUCUCAUGUUCAGUGUUUUUUUCAUUCUUUUUGCAAUUGUUUUACCAAAAGUGAUUGCUGAAGAAGUGAGAAAGAAAUAUUAUAUCAAUAGGAAGGUUUAUAGGAUUAUUGAUGAAGAGAAUUCGUCGGGAAAUUGA